GCGCAGGAGGACUCCGAGCGGCUGUGGCAUGGGGGUUGCUGGGUAUUGGGGGGAGCAGAGGGGGUGUUGGGGGGCAGGGGAUGCUGGGGGUCCCUGGCUCAGCCUGUCCCCGCCCAGGCGCAGGAGGACUCCGAGCGUCUGCGCAGCAUCGUGCUGCCCAUGGAGGAGGAGAUCGCCAAGCUCAAGAGCAAACUCUCCCGGGCCGAGGGGCUGAUCCAGGGGUUGCGGGGGCCUGAGGGGUCGCUCUGCGGCUCGUCGGAGUCCCUGCUGUCUGACGCGGAGGCUCCCAGCCGGGUGCCCCCUGCCCACCCUGGGGGAGAGGGGGAUGAAGGCUCCGGACCGGAGGGCGAGGAGGAACCGGGAGGGGGCCUGGCCUUCGCCCGCGGCUGCGACAGCGUCUCCAUCAUCUCCAUCGCCAGCUCCAGCGCUGGCUCCCCCCGGCCCCGGCGCCGGCCCAGCCCGGAGCACGAGGACACGGCCUCCCUGCUGUCCACCGGCACCCUGGUGCCCGAGAGCAUCUACCUGCCGCCCCCCGGCUUCCAGCUGGUGCCUGAUGGGGAGUGGACGCAAUUGCAGCAGGAGGCCAGGGGGCACCAGGAGUCCCUGCAGCAGCUGAGCGAGCAGCUGGAGGCGGCGACACAGGAGAAGUUGGGACUGCAGGAGGCGCUGAGACGGAGCAGCGAGGACUGUGCCAAGCAGGUAGCAUGGGCAGCUCCCCUUCCCCCA